UUAUUUAACAUUUAUUCUGUUACUGGGAUAGUGGAAAAUAUUUAUAGCUCUAUUACAAACAAUAAUUUUAUCUGUGAUCGAGCAUAUAAUCAAAUACCCGAAUUUAAUUGUUUAAUAAUUUAUUAUAUCAUAGCACGAAGUGGAAAUUUUAGGUAAACAAAAGAGAUAUUGGAGCCAAUACUGAAGUUGAGAAUCUUUAAGCCCCAAUCAUGUUAAAGCGUCAACGUUGUGAAGAUUUCGACACAUUUGUGCCACAAACUAAAAAGCUUAUUAGUGACAAGAUUAUGGACCAGCGCGAUCAAAAUAAAAUGAACAAAAUUCAUCAAAAAACUAUCAACUUAUUAUUCAAAGCAGCACGUGUACAAAAACCAUUAGACCAGGGCCAAUCAGAGACAGCUGCGGAGGGGGAAGUACCACUAUGGCAGCAGGUUAUUUUACGUGGUAAUGGUGAAAUAUCAUCAAAAAAUGUUACAGAUCUUAUAGUUGAUCUCUCUUUGGAGAGUCGCAAAUCAAAAUGUUGUCACCGUGAAGCUUACAUACGUAGCGAUUGUUGUAAUUGUUCACAAGCACUGUGCGAAUAUUGUGGACACUCAUGUGCAGAAUGUGGUAUAUUCCUAUGUGACAGUUGCGUUUCCCUAUUUGGUUGCGGUAAUGUUGAACGGCCAAUAUGUGAAAAGUGUUCUUUAUUUCAAAAUUUAUAAAUUUCUCCUAAUUUUAUACCUAGCUUCAAGCUUUAUUUAUAAUCUAUAAAACUAAAGUUAAAUAUUUUUCGUAUUUUUUAGUAUAAUGCA